GGCACAAUACGUUGACUGUAUAAAUGUUACCGAAGCUUUUGACCAGGGAACUCCACCGCUCCGCGUAAGAUGUGACAGAUGUCUGUGGAUGUUGGUCCGUCAUUUGGAAUACAAUUCACUUGAAAUCCUGACAACAGAGGAUAAAGUUAGUCGGUAUUAUGGUCUGGUAAUGCAAUACCUAGGUGGCAGACCCAACAGACAGUCCCAACUUUCCAAGUUUUCCAGAAUCACAGAGGGGCAAAGGAUCAGAGUCCAGGGAAGAACAGACAAGGCGGGCUCCGGCAGCGACGCCCCCUGCAGGAGGGCUGCGGGGAGGUGUCGAAAGUGGUCCGUCUAUUUGCGGGAUUCCCGUGUCGCUGUUGACUGAGGAUUAAGGAGGAGCAGCUGGGCUAACCGCCGUGCAACGUUUGGCGUUCCACCCCCCGUCCCUUCUCCUGGGGGGCAGUCACGAGUCAAGGAGAGAGCGGUGCCGGAGCAACAGAUCUCCUAUCCUGGGAGUUGCAGAGGCCUUCGCUUAAAUAUGAGGACCAUCAAUCUGCUCCUUCAAGUGUUCUCCGCGGUGGCCUUCAAAAGGCAGAAAUAGAAAUGACCUGUGUUCACAGCCAGUAUGGAACCCAGCCCUACGAGAAUAACUACUACACUUCCGAGUUCCUGACUUCUGACUUAACCGCCAAGCUGGCCAUGGAUUACAGCGGCCAGCGGGACCAACUGCCCACCCCCUCCCUGCCCAGCAUCAACUCCCUGGUGGGCGGCUACGCCGGCGAGUUCGACGCGUACUCGUGCCAGAUCGCCGCCGCGGGCUCGGGCUCCGCGGGGGGCGUCGCCGCGGGAACGCAGUCGCCCUUCAAGCUGGACGACUUCCAGGUGUACGGCUGCUACCCGGGCACCUUCGCGCUCGGCUACCUGGACGAGGCGCUGUCCUCGUGCGGCUCCGACUGCUACGGCAGCCCCGUCUCCGCCCCCUCGCCCUCCACGCCCGGCUACCAGGCGCAGCCCGUCUCCGCCUGGGACUCCCCCUUCGGCGCCUACUCCCCGGGGCCCAGCUGCUGGGGGCCUGAAAAGCCGGCCCAGCCCCAGCCCCCCGCCUUCUUCACCUUCAGCCCCCCCUCGGCGGAGCAGCUCUCCCCCCAGCAGCGACAGGACCCCUUCGCCCCGCCCCAGCAGCAGCAGCACACCCCUCCCCUCCCCUACGGCCCCCUGGGCCUGGAUCACCACGGCCCCGCGGAGGGGGCGGCUCUAAUGGAGGGGGCGCUCUCACCGAAGAACCAGAGCCCCACGGGGAACGAGGGCCGCUGCGCGGUUUGUGGGGACAGCGCAUCUUGUCAGCACUAUGGGGUGCGCACCUGCGAGGGCUGCAAGGGCUUCUUCAAGAGGACUGUUCAGAAAAAUGCCAAGUACGUGUGCCUGGCUAACAAGGACUGCCUGGUGGACAAGCGACGGAGGAACCGCUGCCAGUUCUGCCGCUUCCAGAAGUGCCUGACCGUGGGGAUGGUGAAGGAAGUCGUCCGAACAGACAGCCUGAAAGGCCGCAGGGGUCGCCUGCCCUCCAAGCCCAAGAACGUGCAGGACCCUGUUUCCGCGGCGACCCCGGUCAGCGUCAUGGCCGCCCUCGUCCGGGCGCACAUUGACUCCAACCCGCCCAUCGGGAAGCUGGACUACUCCAAGUACCAGGAGACGGUGGCCAGCCUGUCGGAGAAGGAGGACGCAGAUGACAUACGGCAGUUCUAUGACCUGCUGACGGGGUCCAUGGACGUGAUCCGCAAGUGGGCGGAGAGCAUCCCCGGGUUCUCCGCCUUCUGCGCCGAGGACCAAGAGCUGCUGCUGGAGUCGGCCUUCGUGGAGCUCUUCAUCCUGCGGCUGGCGUACAGGUCGAGCCCAGAGAAGGACAAGCUGAUCUUCUGCAACGGCGUGGUGCUGCACAGAAUGCAGUGCAUCCGGGGCUUCGGCGACUGGAUCGACUCCAUCAUGGACUUCUCCCAGAGCUUACACCGCAUGAACCUGGACGUCUCCUCCUUCUCCUGCCUGUCCGCCCUCGUCAUCAUCACAGAUCGGCACGGCCUGAAGGAGCCGAAGCGGGUGGAGGAGUUCCAAAACCGGCUGAUCGCCUGCCUGAGGGACCACGUGACGGGCGACGCGUCGGAGAGCGGGCGGUCCAGCUACCUGUCCCGCCUCCUGGGGAAACUUCCGGAACUGCGUACCCUCUGCACCCAGGGCCUCCAGCGCAUCUUCUACCUGAAGCUGGAGGACCUGGUGCCCCCGCCCCCCAUCGUGGACAAAAUCUUCAUGGACACCCUGCCCUUCUGAGGGGAGGGGCCAGGGAGGGGGGAGGACGGGGACAGGAGCUGGUUCUAAAAUGGUGCUGGGACUGAAGGGGUGGGGUGGGGUGGGGAAAGAGACUGUAGAAGAUGUAAAUGCACUGAAUGGGUUUUUUUUUCAAAGUUGGACAACCUACCAGGUUCCUAACUGCCUUUGAGACUUUCACAGCCUUGUAAUAUUAUUAUAAUUGUUCUGGAAUGGACAACUUCCUUUCUGGUCCCGUCUCAUUGGAGCACACUGAGUGCCAGGGGAGGCACAUAGCUGCCCGAUGCCGCCUAUCCACACGAAACCACUUUCAAGAGGACUGGAGCUCUCCUUCCUCUGUUCUCAGUCGCAAAGAUUGGAUUAUUUGGAUUGUUAGUGAAAAGAGAGAUAAGAAAUGGCGCAGUGCAUUUAUGUAAUACCAUGUGCAUUUUGUUUGUUUGCAUCUUUGUGUGUUUUUAUGGCUUUGACUGCGCAAACCCUGUAACCAUCUGUACAAACCAAGGGAUUUUUUGUUUUUGGGAGGGUCGGGGUUGGGGGGAUUGGGGGAGGGUGGAACGGUUAUGGACAGGAACUAAGACACGUGGCAUACGCACAUCGCCAAGGGCCAGAGAGGACCAUCUGAAAAUACAGGCCGCACUGCAACGUACAGCUAGAGAGGGCAUUGCUGGCAAAAAGGGGAUACCCCAAAAGCACAAUUUAAACAGGGUGUAUUUUCAUCAGCUGGGAGGUCCUGCCCAUUUUUUGUAUUUUAGUGGGAGUGUUUUUCAAACGGAGCCUUGCUUGUUUCCAAUAUGAACUACAUUAUAUACAAGCGUUCUUCUUUGCACACCGGGAACGUGCUUUCAAUGCAAGUUUAUGUCAUAUUGAGUACGGGAGAGGCCUUGGACCAAAAGAAGGGUGCAGGUUCAGAGCAAAGGUUUCUGGCUCUUAAUUCUGGUGGGAUUAUCAGCAUUAGGAGUCGAUCCUUAUCUACCCCCAACGCAAACAUUAGCCUGCAUUUCGGUUAGAGAAAACCCUGAAUGGCUAUUGUUCUACAAGGAUUCUGGUUCAUCCCUGUACAGUGCCUUAGAGUCUUGAAUGUCAUUCAGUGAGAAUGAUGAGAAAAAUGACGGUAAAACACAUGACAGCUGCAGUUUGUUUCAGCCAAUUACUGAGUGUAAAGGGUCACGUGUCCUGAUUUCUCGAGUCUCCCGCCAGAAGUUUCGAGAAUUUCCCAGAACUUUGACGGUUCUGUCAAUCACUCGCCUAGAUAAACUGAGAGAAAGACAGUGGGAAAAAAACUACUGUUAACCUUACAAGUGUUGCCUUAUAUACCCUUCUUACGGAGAAUAUUUUCACUUGUUUGUUUUUUAAAGUGACAAAAUGUGACAGGAACACAAGCAGCUAUGAGCACUUUGUACAGCAUUUUUAACAGCCUUUAUGAAUAGUAUAACAUGUUUUCUACGUAUGCUUACUACAUGUGUGCAAAACAGGCAUUUAUUUGUAUGUAGGCUAAACAGGUAAAUAUACUUUAUCUUUUCUUGUCCUUUUGACAAAACCUAAGUGAAUCUAGGGGAAUUUUUAUUAAACAUUUUUGUAUUUUCUCAUAACUGAACAGAAAAAUGAAACUGGUUCAAACAGCCACUGAUCACAAUGAAAUCUGGAUUGUGGUACCGCUGCAUUAGUGCAAAUGUUAUUUUGUUGUUGAAAACGUUGCUUUUGAGAUGCUGGGUUUUGUCAUGACGUGUGAGAGCUUUUAAUUUUAAUGGUUAUGUGGUACACACAAAAGACAAAUAUAUUUACACAAAAAUUUAAUAUUAAAAAGCAUAAAUGUU